GAGUGGCUGAACGACAAUGUCAUCAACACCGUCCUCAAAUACCUCACCGAAGCUGCCGCACAGCACGCAACAACCACGAAACCUCCUCGGGGCAAAAACAACCCUCCUGUCGUCGGAGCACUUGGCACGCAGUGGUUCACUACCUAUCAGACGAAAGAGAAAGAAGGCGGUGCCGGCGCAGCAACCAUGGGCCGCUGGUUCAACCGGGCGAAACUCGUGAAAAACAACCUCCUCUACUGCAAGUUCCUCGUCCUUCCUGUCCACCUUGGGAACCACUGGGUCAUGGUGGUUAUCGAGCCAUUGCCGAAGCGAAUUCACUAUUUCGACAGCAUGCACGGAAAACGCGCGGACGUCAUCGAGGCACUCCACGACAUCCUUGAGUGCCAGUUGUACGACGAUAUCUACGAGCAGCGGGUGCAGUGGCGCGUCUCGUACGGUCCCACCAAUUCGCAGACCAAUGGGAAUGAUUGCGGGGUCUUCUCCAUUUGGAACGCGAUCGCGACCGUCACGGGCCGAUCAACAAUAGAGGAAGUCACUGCGGCGGGCAUGCCGAACGCCCGAUAUUGGCUCAAGGCGGUCCUGUGCAAUGGAGGGUUCACGGGUGAGUUUGCCCUGCCGUUUGAACAAGAGUUGAAUCUUGGCUGGGAUGAUUUGAAGAAGGUCAUGGAGCUGGACGCGUUGGAGGCUGCCAGCAUUCCACGACUAUGA